AUGACAGCCCAAAAACGCAGGCGUUCAUCAAUCGAAAACCUAGAACGAGCCAUGAAAAAUAUAAAAUUAUCUCCACUGACAACAGGGGACCAUGAGAUCCCAGCGGCCUACAACUCUAGAGUUGAUGAUUCCUCUGUUGAGAUGCAAAAGGUGCAACGUCUUCCUAACCCAGGCGUCAGCCUUGAAACAGAAGCAGAAAUGACAACAACCAAUUGCAACCUUUCGGCCGCGGAGGAGUUGGAAAAUAAUAAAGAAACUUGCAAAGCUGGAGUUGUUGUUAACCGAGGUGAAAACUACUCCAUCGAGAUCAAGGACGUGAAAGUUCCUGAGCCAGGAGCGGACGAAGUCUUAGUCAAGAUCAAAUUGUUCCGUGUCUGCUCCGGCGAUAUCCAUUGCCUGAAGGGGAGGGCUGCCUUGGUCCACAACGCUGACAAUGGCGUGGAGUCGGCAGGACACGAAGGUGUCGGUGUGGUGGUAAAGAUUGGGUCUCACUUGAAGGGUAUCAAACUUGGAGCCCGGGUGGGAAUCGGCCUCCUCUGGCGAUAUAACUACUGGGGUACAAAUGAUCGGAGUAAACGACGCGAAUCUAUUCUUCUAACUGGAAUAGAUGUGCCAGGCACAUUUCAGCAGUACAUAACUCUCCCCGGGAGCUCCAUAAUCUGGAUUCCAGAUGGGGUGUCCGACGAAACUGCCGCAUGCUUAAUGUGCUGCGGCGGUCCGAUAUACGAAGCCUUGCACAGGUCGGGCUACUCCAAAGGAGAUUGGGCUUUAAUCGCUACCGGCACUAUCGCCCAAAAGAUCCUGGCCGCCCAAAUCGCGAAUGCCAAGGGAUUAAGACCUACUGUAUUCGCUGACCAUAGCCAGAAAGACUUGUGUCUCAAAAUGGGGGUCAAGUACUUCGUGGCUAAGGGAUCAGACCAGAACAACAAAAUCUUGGAGCUAAUUGGCGUUGACGACCAGUAUAAGUCGUAUUCCUUGCACGCACAUGGCUCAAAGAUGGACAAUCAUCUACGCGGUAAGCGUGGCGGCCCCGUGACUGUCCCAGCUCAUCUUUUCGAUAACCCAUAUGGAGGCUCGGGGGUUUACCUCGCGACGCAACGUGAUGACGACGAACCCCCUCCGUACAUGUACAAUAUGAUUUUGGCGACCAUAUACUAUACAAACAAAGUCCUCAGGUUAGUAGCAAAGAAACUUGUGACCGCCGCGUACAAAAAGCGGCCUUUCGACGAACUACCAAAAGCCAUUCGCGAUGUGGAAUCUCAGCAGGUGCAGGAGUGUGUACUCUUGGAUUUUGAUAUGUGAUUCCAUUCACCCGCUUAACUAGAUUCACGCGAGUCACUUUCAGGCGCUCCUACUUCCCCAGAGUUGAUUUUUGGUUACCACGAAAGCCGCCAGGGGGUCCGUAUUUCAGUGGCAGUUGAGAUCAUUUUGAAGUCAGCUCUAUUAUCUUGACGAUAUAUGCCCUCGGGGAUUUCCAGGUUUCAACAGAUUCAAACAUUUUGUCAAAUUGCCUUUCUUUGAUGUAAGAUUCAAGAAUAAGUUGCACAAUAUAAUCUGCUUAAUAUCAACUUUGCAAAUCCAUAGGUUAGCUGCAAGCUAUGUUAAUCAAGUGGAAUUCCG